AGCUGUUGGAGAGAGCGCAACUGUCACUAACUUCAGCUCUCGUUUUUACUUUGUUUUUGAUGAAAGCUUUGAGGUUAAACGUAGACCUCAGACUGCUUUACAAUAGUAUUUUUAUACUUACGAGAUCGCUUUAAAUACUGUGGAUUCAAUGACGUGACAAGUGUUCGAAGAAAGGUGUAGUUUUUGAUAAACAGACAUAGUGUAAUGAAACCUCAAAUACUGAUCAACAUAUCACAAAAUUAUACAUAUAAAAAAGAAACAAGAACAGCAUUUGCAGAUAUGAAGAAUUUUUUAUAUAUACGUGCACUACCAGAAGUUUGAAGAAAUCGUUUUUUUCUAAAAAAAUGGCGAAUUCUUCUUUUAUGCAACGAUUUGUUGAAGAAAUCGACUAUGAAGAAAUCGAGACUGAAGAAAUUGUGGGAAAAGGUUCUUUUGGAGUGGUUUGGAAGGGAAAAUGGAAAGGUCAAUCCGUGGCGAUAAAGCAUAUAAAUUCGGAAGGUGAAAAAAAAGCAUUUGCCGUAGAAGUACGUCAAUUGUCUAGAGUUGUUCAUUCCAAUAUAGUUAAACUUUAUGGAGCUUGUACGAAAAAUCCCGUUUGCCUCGUAAUGGAGUACGCAGAGGGCGGAUCUCUUUACAAUGUCUUACAUUCAAAUUUACAACUAUCAUACACGGCAGGACAUGCCAUUAGUUGGGCACUUCAAUGUGCUAGAGGUGUCGCCUACCUGCAUAAUAUGCAGCCGAAGCCCCUUAUUCACAGAGAUUUGAAACCUCCUAACUUAUUACUCAUUUCUGGCGGACAGACGCUUAAAAUUUGUGAUUUCGGUACCGCUUGUGAUUUAAAUACUUAUAUGACGAACAACAAGGGAUCGGCAGCCUGGAUGGCUCCGGAAGUUUUCGAAGGUUCUAGCUAUACAGAAAAGUGUGACGUAUUUAGUUGGGGCGUAAUUCUGUGGGAAACAUUAUCGCGUAGAAAACCUUUCGAUGAUAUAGGCGGCUCGGCGUAUAGAAUAAUGUGGGCUGUGCACGUUGGACAAAGACCGUCGCUACUCGAGAAUUGUCCACCAAUCAUAGAAGAUCUUAUAGUCAAUUGUUGGAGUAAAGUACCUGAUCAAAGACCGUCUAUGAACGAGGUUGUUGAUAUUAUGUCAGAUUUGUUAGAAUUUUUUAGCGGGCAUUUAAAACCUAUCGAUUAUUCUCAUACGAAUGAAAUGAAAAAAGCAAAUAAAUCGGAGUCGAACGGUAGUAGCAUCGAUAGUACUAUGAAAUCGAAUUUGGAUUCUUCAAUGGAUUACGAUUCGUAUAACUCUCUACGUUUCAAUGGCAAUAACACGGAGAAAAACGAACAACCGAAUCUUAAGCCUGUAUCAAAACCAAAUUACGAUAAUAUAUUAGAUCAGUCAAAAGCUUCUAAAAAUGUUGAUAACGCAAACUCGUAUAAGCCGUCUCUCGUAAAAGUACCUAGACCCUUGAAACAACAAAUCGAACCUCAACCUGUAAUCAAUUUCGAUAAGAAUAACAGUAAAAUGCCACCCAAGAUUCUAGUCAACAAUCAAUCUUUCAAUCCACUCAUACCCAAUAUGCCUCGAUUAGAGUUCAUGUUGCAAAAUACGAAUGCCGAAAACCUAGAAAUGGUUUGCAACUUGAUAGAUCAAGAUUUAAGACCGAUAAUGCCAAACGAUAGCUGCACAAUGUCCAUAAAUAUUUUCAAAGAGCACUUCUUGUUGACAGAAGAGUACUUCAAGGUUCAAAAUGAAAUUUCGCUCUUUAGUCAUCACAAGGGUAAAAUGCUCUCGAAUUUAAGCGCUAACAACGUCCUGUUUCAAGAGGUGAUAGAAAAAUUAGAAGACGAGAAAGAAUCCUUGAUUAAACUCUACAAAAAUCUCAAGCGGCAGCUAGAAAUCAUAAAACUUCGCAAAACUAACACGAUACCUGUUGCAGCCUUAUAAAUUAUGUAAUUUUUAAUACUAAUUUUAAGAAAAACUGUUAACGAUCUGUAUCUAGUCCGUAGGUUUUUUAAACUACCCUCCACGUAUGAAUAUAAGUGUAAAUAGCGUGCGUUUUUCUGUAAUAUAAAAAUGUUGUACAAAUAAAACUACACAUGUUUAACAAAA